GAAAGAGAGCUUCUCCUUUUCCGGGUUUGCCCCAGCUAGCAUCACUGCUGUGUUUAUGCAACAGUCAGCACCGCUUCAGUGUUAUGAAUCAAAGUGCUGCAGAACCGCAUGUUACAGUGAGUUACAGGUCAUCUGCGUUGAAAUCCUCCCAUCAUGCAGCUGGAGGCCCAGCUGAGACUGUGUCAGAGUUGCGUGUGGUUCUGCAAGAGUGGACUGCGCCUGCUUUCUCAGAGCUACGCACACAGAAAAUCUCUGGACUACUACGAUAUCCUUGGAAUCAAAUCUGAUGCCUCCUUGGAGGAAAUCAAAAAUGCAUUUUUUGACAAAUCUAAGAAGCUGCACCCAGACAGGGACCCGUUGAACCCAGAGCUGCACGGCCAGUUUGUGGAGUUGAAUGAGGCUUACCAUGUUCUGAGCAAAGAGCUGAGCAGGAAGGAGUACGACUUCAAAAUCAGACACAGAUACACUGGGGGCAAGGCCUUUACAUCCACCUCAAAUCACACCACGUACAGAGCCAGUACGAACGCUCAGGACGACAGUUAUUACUGGGAGCAGUUUCAUCGGUCUCAUUCCGCUGAGAUGUCGUCAGAGGAGCGGCAGAAGAGGAGGAGCAGGAACUUUCGUCUGGUGGGCUACUGCGUCCUCACUAUGGUGCUCAGCAUAGGAGCUCACAUAGUCUUCUUCAGCAAAUUGGAAGACGUUCACACUAACUUCAUGGAUGAGAAAGAUAGAGUGAUCACAGAGAUCUAUAAUGAUUCCAAAGAGCGAGCAAGGGUCAACGGUUUUAAGAAACAGACAGAAAUCCUCCGGCAGAAGCACGCGGAGUUCGUGGAGAAAUGCAGAAACCCCAAUAGCGGAGACGCCAAGUAGGAGGAUCUCCUGCUGUGAUGGUGGAGUUUGAAGUCUCAGCAGGUGGAAGGUGGCAGAUGGAAUGUGGUGCUAGUUUUAGGAUUUUAAAAUAUUUCUGGUGUAUUUAAAUAUGUUGGAAGUAAAAAGAAAAAAGACAGCGUUGAUCCUCGGGAAGAAACUGAAGGAACACAGGAAUCAGGUUGUGAUGUGAAAGGAUUUUCAUUUGGUUCUCUACAGUCUGAUUUUCUGACCGAGCUGAGUUUUAUAUUAGACUGAAGCGUUUGCAGUGGGCAGCAUCUUUGCAUCAGGUGCACAUUCAGAGGAUCGUUCUCUGACCUUUUCCUCUUUUUGUCAGACGGACCUGAAAUGAACAAAGACAAACCUCUCAGGAACAUGUUAGUUAUCGUCCUCGGCCUGUUUUCCGUGUCAGUGGUGCACAACAUACAGGGACCACAGAUGACAGUGAAUUAAUGGCACACGCCACCAGAUGAUUAAGUCAUGGAAUGCUGAUACCCUUUCCUGGUAUUAACUGAUGUUGAUUAAGGUCAUGUCUCUGGUUGCAAAUAAGAAGAGAGAGU